AAGCCGGAAGUGCAUCAGCCUGGGUCCGUCUGGGCGUUGCGGGAUUGGGGCCUGGGAUCGCUUGGCCCGGGCAGCUGAGAAGCCCGUGAGCGGGCGGAGCGGCGCCAUCCCGGCUCUGAGGCCUGCUGACCGCGCUCUGCCCAAGCAGCCCGAGCGGAGCCUGGCUUCGGCCCUGCCUGGCGCCCUGUCCAUCACAGCGCUGUGUACUGCUCUGGCGGAGCCCGCUUGGUUGCACAUCCACGGAGGCACCUGUUCCCGCCAGGAGCUGGGGGUCUCGGACGUGCUGGGCUACGUGCACCCGGAUCUGCUGAAAGAUUACUGCAUGAACCCCCAGACAGUGCUGCUCCUGAGGGUCAUUGCUGCCUUCUGCUUCCUGGGCAUCCUGUGUAGUCUGUCUGCAUUCCUUUUGGAUGUCUUUGGGCCCAAGCAUCCAGCUCUGAAGAUUACUCGUCGCUAUGCCUUUGCUCAUAUCCUCACUGUCCUACAGUGUGCUACCGUCAUUGGCUUUUCCUACUGGGCUUCUGAGCUCAUCCUGGCCCAGCAGCAACAGCAUAAGAAGUACCAUGGCUCCUAAGUCUAUGUCACCUUUGCUGUUAGCUUCUACCUGGUGGCAGGAGCUGGUGGAGCUUCAAUCCUGGCUACUGCAGCCAACCUCCUGCGCCACUAUCCAACGGAAGAAGAAGAGCAAGCGCUGGAGUUACUAUCCGAAAUGGAAGAAAAUGACCCCUACCCAGCAGAGUAUGAAGUCAUCAACCAGUUCCAGCCACCCCCUGCCUACACGCCCUAACGCCAGCUGGGGCUCUCUUCCUCAGCAGCCCUUCCCCCAGUGCCACAGCUCCUCUUACACCCAGAAGAGCCACUUCCCCCAGCAGGUCUCACCGGUAGGACCCUGACCAUCUUCACCAAACUUCCCCCAGGUGACACUCUGCCUUUAGGGUUGUCCGUUUGUCCCUGCUCCGCAUAGCUGGGACUCUGAUUUUAUAUAAUGCACUCUUUCCCCUCCUAGAAUCCUCUGCUCCUUUCCUAUUCACUAGCUCCUUCCAACCAUGGAUGGUCAGAUAAGUUUCCUCCCUCUGUGGGCCAUGUCUUUGGAACUGGGACUUUCCUUGGGUUGCUGCUGGUAGUGGACAGUCCCUGAGAGAGGUGCCAACAGGGCACAAAGGGAAGGGGACUGUGCCACGUAGAUUCACUUUGCCAGGCCCAGCAUUUGUACCACUUCUCUAUCUGGGCUGACUCUCUCAUUCCUUCUAGAGUGCCCCAGGCCCAGCUGUCCACUUUGUGGAUUCUCUGCACUUUAGUCUCUGGGCCACUCCUCAAGUGUGUUCUGGUUUUCUGGAGAGAAGGCAUUGCUGUUGGGGAGCAGAACAGCUGCUCUCCUGCCCUGUUCUGGCUUCUUGUGGUUGGAGCCAGGCAAGGAAACAGAACCAGGCAAGAGACUGAUCCUAUCGAGGACCCCAGUGAAGGGGACUGAGUGUUCCAGUCCCUUCACCUUUUAAUGUGAGUGGUUUUAAAAGGAAAAAAACAAAACCAAGCAAUAGCAGCCAUGCUCUCUUUCUAAAAACAGGGAUAUGGUUGUUGUUGUUCAGAAAUGGAGCCCAUCCCUUAUGGCUCUGCAAUAUUUUGGACCAUAGCUCCCUCCAAGCCUAUAGUCACUCCUUCCAGUCUCUCCAACAGAAUGCAGGCUUUCUGUCCUGGCUCCUUCUUCCAGGCAGCUGUUGCUCCCUGGGGCCUUUCUGUGGAACAGGGCCACAUGGCCCCCGCGGGGCUGAGAACUAUGGCCUGGCUGGCUGGCCAGCGUGGUGCUCCUCAGAACUGUGGCACUGAGAUGUAACCUGGCCUCAGUUCAGGCACAGGGGCCAAGCAGGGCAGGACCCUCCACUCUCCACAAAGUAUUCCACCCAGAGGCCCAUCAGGUUGGUGUCAGGACUCUUGUGAGAUGUGCAGGCCUGGCUGUAGCCUUCAGAGUCAAUGUGUGCCCUAGCCUGUGACUUGGGGCUACAGCUUGUUGCAUGCUCCUCUUCCCUUCUGGAAUGUAUGCUGGUCUUGCGGUGUGCUACUAGGCUGUUACUCUAAUUAUUCUGUUUGCCUUGGGUCCAGUUUUAUUGUUUAUUGUUUAUUUUGUUGUUUUACCUGGAGACCUGGGGCAUAAGGUGGAUGGGAUUUGAAAGGCCUGCAGCUUGGAUCCAGAUAGGCAAGCUGUUCUUGUUCAUUUGUGAGCUUCUUUGGAGUGAGGGUCUAAUGCUUGAUGAAAGGGAGAUGGAUUUCAAUCUCCUCUCACCCUUAAGAUGACAGACAUUUUGAGCAAGAAUGCAGACUGAAUACAGUCACUGAACUGUGACUACAAGAAGACUGUCACCUCCCCAUUCUUUGGCCAGAAAGAGUGGGGAAUAUGUGGAUAAAUGCCUGUGCAGAUGAAGACCAAGUGUGCCCAUAAGAAAGCAUCUGCUUGGAGUUCCCUGCUGUGAUGCCAAAGUGUGCCCCAGUAUGACUCUCCCAUUCUUCCAGACCCUACUCUGAGGCAAGAAAAGCUGCCAGGUGAUGCCUGAGCACAAAGUCAAGGAGCUAAUUAAGACUACCUUUCUGUGAAGUCCUGAGCUUAUCAUUGGCAGGUUUUUGAAGUGUGUGGCCAGCUCUCUCUAACAUUGCAUCUGAGGGAGCAGGCCAGAAGACCAGGCACCAAACAUGCAUGCCAAAGUGAAUGAGGACUUGACCCUGUGGAUAGUUCCUUGUGAUUUGGAACCCACUUUUUAUUAGAUUUCCAUUCCUCUGGCCUUUCUUUCUCUAUCCCUGUCAUUCUGACACUGAUAGUUUGUCAUAUAAAUUCCUCUGGUUCUGUUUUUCUUUUCUAGGAAAAAAAUUAAAAGACAAAACAAAAACCAGAAACUACAAAUGAGAACACAAAUGCCAGUGGCUGCCUGUAAUUUUUGUCAUAAUUUUCCAGAUGUUUGUUUUCUUCCUCCCAGAGAAGCAGGAGACAUUCAGCGAUGAAGCUUGCGAUGGCAAAGUUAGGAGGGACUUGGCAUGCCCCUGAAUCACACAUGACCUUUUGAUACUUGGGAGCCUCUCACUCCUGACAUCUUUCACAGAGGAUGUUCCCAAAGCCCACAGCUAGAAACAGUAGGUGGCUCUGCCCAAAAUACUGACUACAAACCUUGACCUGCCCCUCUCUGCAUGUCCUGAUGAGCUGCAGAAGAGCUGUUUUCAGAUCUCUAGUGGUACUUACUGGGAAAAGCCUGAGAAUACAAAUGGUUCUGGGAGCAAGGCCUGCAGAGUUGCUCUUCUAGGCAGUUGAUGGGUGAAACCUUGAUGGCUGCCCACAUUCUUAGUUCAUUCAUUCUCAACCCAACUCUGGGCCCCAAGUAUAUAUUUGGUGAAAGCAUUUAAGGCUCUCUUUGGGAAGUAGUCCAUUUCUAGCAGGAUGCAUGUCUUUCCUGAAAAGUGAUAAUCUUCUCAUUCUGUGUCUGUUAAGACAUUUCUAUGAAGGGUCAAUUAGAUUAUGCACAAAACACUUGAGCCCCAUGAAAGAAACAGGAUGUCUGGCAGGACCUUGUCUCCAAGGAUUGUAUUUCCUUAGCUCAAGGGAAACAGUGAAAUAAGUAGUCUCCUUGACACCUUGGGAAAGUCCUAUGCUGGAGACGGGAGACUGGUUCUAACCAGAAUAAUCAACAGCUUUCUGGAAGGAGCAGAAAGAGCUGGGUUGGUGUGAAAGAGCAUUUGGGGAGGGGCCAUUCCCUCUGAGGGAGUGGUGUGGUGGCGAGGCUGUGGUGCCAAGUGAGAUGGUGAAAGCCCAUCUGAUGUUAGCAGUGGGAAGCCACAGGGCAUCCAGUUUGUGGACUGCUAGUGGUGUGUGGGGUUGUGGCAUUAAGAAAAGCACCAGACAGUGUGGGAAUUGGGACAGGUGGACAUUGUAUGGAGGACCCUCAGGCCUGAUAAAAGGGGGAGAGAGCCCAGUAACUCCAUCCCUGUCAGAAUGCAUCGGAAGUUGGGAUUGGCCUUGUUGCUCAAAAGGGCUUCAGAAGAGAGGCUGUGUUGUGUGAAGGACAGCGAGGAGAGGCCUUGGGAAACACAAAGUGGCUGUUUGUAUACACCUGAGGGAAGGGCAGUUCUCUCCAGAUAACCUCAGAAUCCACAGCUGGUUUUCUUAGAGGUGCCCAUGCCCUGGGCCAUGACAGUAUGGAAUACAAGUUUCUGUGGGGAGACAGAAAAGAACUAAUAAACUUUAUAGCCUUUGUUUUCAAAUGGUCUGCAGUCUUCCUGUGCCUUUCUGUGGGAGUGCCAUUGUGAUGGGGGUCAGGCACAGAAGAUGACUCCAUUUUGGAUGGGUCUUUCUGAAGUGAGGCAGGAACCCUUUUUUAAAAAAUAUUUUUAUUUUAUGUGCAUUGGUGUUUUACAUGCAUGUAUAUUUGUGUGAGACUGUUGGAUACUGGAGAACUGGAGUUACAGUUGUGAGCUACCAUGUGAGUACUGGGAAUUGAACCUGGAUCCUCCAGAAGAGCACCCAGUGCUCCUAACUACUGAGCCAUCUCUCCAGCCCCAAGGCACAGACUCUUAGGAGCAGUGGUUUGACAUUUAAGAUGUCAGUUCCUCACCUAUGAAUUGUGGGGGAAAUGCUUGACUUAAGUACUGGGGUAGAGAGCUCUUUCCUCAGGAGAGAUUCAUGGUGGACCGGCCUGUCCAUUCUGCCAAGGAGGAAAACCCAGGUCUGGUGAGGGGCCUUUUCCAAAGAUGUUGAAGGGGAGAUAGAGGUCUUCUGCCAACCAUGUGUCUGAGGAGUUAGAGAAUAAAAGAACUUUCAAAGA